AUGGAUAUUCAAGCAGAAACUUUAAUUACGCUUGUCCAAGAGAGACCUGUUCUGUGGGAUAAGACCGAGGACGUCUAUAAAGACAAAAACUUAAAGUUAGCAGCAUGGCGUGAAGUAUGUUUAAUACUGAAACCAAACUUCGAUGAACUGGAUGAAAAAGAAAGAAAACAGUACGGAAAACAGGUUUCAACUAAAUGGAAUAAUAUACGAGAUUCGUGGCUUAAGACAGUAAAGAAACAAAAAGAUGAGUCUAAAUCUGGAUCUUCGGCCAAAAAGACACGAAAUUAUUUAUAUCACGAGCAAUUAAUGUUUGUGAAAAAAGUCUCCGAACCUCGACCACCACAUGAGUCAGUUUCAAAAAAAGCAAGAACCGAGACUGAAGUAGGCAUGGAAUCAGAUUUUCGUUCACCUUUAAUUAAAGAUAAAAGAAAAAUUGAUAAUAAAGAGGUAAAUGACAGGAUGGUAAAGUUUUUGGACUCCAGAAUAAACCCAGAAAAGGAAAACCAUCAUCUGUCUUUCUUCAAAGGCAUUAUACCAAUCUUGAACACUUUAACUAUCGAAGAGACUUUAGAAUUUCAAGCUAGCGUCAUGACAAUGUUGCAAAAAAUUAAAAGUAGGAAUAAUGAGAGACCAAAUUACGGACAUUGGCGUGAUUCAUAUAAUCAGAUGACCGGACCAGAUCAGUAUUCUGGAUACUACACACAUAAUAGCGUCAAUCAACAGGCAACACCUACGCAAGAUCAACACCACCCUGGAUACUCUACGCAAUAUAAUAGUAGCAAUCAACAGGCAACAACAUCUAUACCAUCAACUUCAUCUCAGUCAUCGAAUCCGAUUCCAGCUUCGCCAUCAGCAUCUAGUAAUCAUUCCAUACAUUCCCAAGACUCAGAUUACUUAGAUUUUGAAGGGUUUUAAGUUUGAGUACAAAUAAAUACAUAAAUAAGUUA